AUGAGCACCCAUGAUCUAGUGCAGACCGAAGCUGUGCUGGACGACGAGGAGGAUGAGUCGUUCGGCGAAGAGGGUGGUGAGCAGGGCAAGGGACCGGAAGAAAACGGCCAUUACGAUGACUCGAGCGAAGAAGAGCUGGACGAUGAAGACGAGGACGCGGUUCGCGCUGUCCGAGAAGGCUUUAUCGUCGAUGAAGAUGAAGAGGACGAAGAACGCACACGCAGAAGACGAGAGAAGAAGAAACGUCCAAGGCAGGAGCGCGUGGAGGAGGACGAGCUGCUGGAUGAAGAUGAUCUCUAUCUGAUCAGGGAGAACAACCCGGACUUUGACCUGCCCAUGCCCAAUGAGUCAAAAUUCAAGCGCCUAAAGCGUGGCCACAAGGUCGGACGAGACCAGGUACAGGGAAUCAACGACAUCUUCAAUUCCGAUGAGGAGGACGAAGCAGAGACAUACGGACGCGGCCGGGACCGGAGAAACAUGCACGAUGACCUUGACGACUUCAUCGAGAAAGAUGUCUUCUCGGACGAGGACGACCGGCAACAGGAAGACGAAGAGAUUGCCCGCCCGGCAAGGAAAGGCCUUUCUGGAUUCGCCGUAACCGAAGCGACCGGGCUUGAUGAAGCUGCUCUCGAAGAUAUGCGCAUGGCCUUUGGUGAUGGAAACGACUACCUGUUCGCCCUCGAGAUGGAAGACGAGGAAGAGGAGCAGGAGGAAGAUGAAGAAAAACAGCUGGACCUAAAGGACGUCUUCGAGCCGUCGCAGCUUGCAGAGAAGAUGAUGACUGAUGACGAUAAUUUGAUACGGUCUACUGAUGAGCCAGAACGUUACCAGCUUGCCAGAAAGCCAUACCAGCAUGUCGUCCUAACAGAAGAGCAGUUCCGCGAAGAGGCAGUUUGGAUAUCGAACCUGAUGCUGUUAAAGAAGCGACUUGACGCCGACCUACACGAUCCAUUCCAGCGGGCUGUGGCGAAAGUCCUCGAGUUUAUGGUCACGGACGACUGGGAGGUACCCUUCAUCUUCCAGCACCGAAAGGACUACCUCAUCCACGCCGUCAAGAUACCAGUUCCAGAUGGCGGAACAAACCCAGAUGGAGGAAAAUACAUCGUCGAGGCCGAGAAGCUUCUAAGUAUGAUUGACCUGUGGGAUAUCUUCGAAUACGACUUGAAGUUCCGCGCUCUUGUCGAUAAGCGAAAUACCCUCCAGACUACGUACGACAACCUACAGACGAUAUCUAACGUCAAGGAUGAGAUGUUCGAGGAAAUGCUUCCGGCCGCUGUUACCAUGGAAGAAUUACAGGACGCCCAGGACUACCUCUACUUCCAGUACUCCACACAGCUUAAGGAUAUCUCCCUUUUCAACAGCAACGAGGGAGAAAACGGUGCCUCUAUCCAACGCCGCAAAACUUCAACAAAGACAUUCUUCGAGCGAGUACGCAACAGCCGAGCCUACGGGCUAGUUCGUGCUUUCGGUAUCACGCCAGACGCCUUUGCACAGAACGCGAUGAAGGCAGGGCGCAGGCAAUAUAUCGACGACGCUAGUGAAAAGCCGGAUGACAUGGCUGAUAACCUCCUCGACUCGAGCUUUACGAACGGUAACCAUGCCAUGAAGGCCGCUCGAACAAUGUUUGCUGAGGAACUCACCAUGAGCCCCAAGGUCCGGAAAGUCAUGAGACAGGCCUUCUACAUGAGCGGAGUCAUCGAAUGUUUCAGAACUGAAAAGGGAUUGAAGAAGAUUGAUGAACAUCACCCUUACUAUGAGUUCAAAUAUCUACGAGACCAACAGCUUUCGGACAUCGCACGACGCCCUGAGCUCUUCUUAAGAAUGCUUAAGGCAGAAGACGAAGGCCUCGUUGAUAUCAAGGUCCGCUUUAAGAAUUUCGACUCCUUCAAGCAGCGUCUAUACCCCGACAUUCAAUCCGAUAACUUCAGUGAAAUCGCAGAUGCCUGGAACAAGGAACGAAAGGAUGUUCUAGACCUGGCACUUGCCAAACUGGAAAAGAUCAUGAGCAAGGGUGUUAAAGAGAACAUCAGAACGGAAUGUGAGAAUCAUGUUGGAAGGGAAUGCAGAGAAGUUUUCUCGCAGCGACUGGAUCAGGCCCCUUAUAAACCCAAGGGAAUGAUUCUAGGUACUAUCCCACGUGUCCUCUCUCUUACAAACGGAUCUGGAAUCGUCGGCAAAGACCCCAUCUACUGGACCUGGGUUGAAGAGGAUGGCCGAGUGUUAGAGCACGGCAAGUUUGUUGACCUUGCCCUUGGUGACUCAGAUCGCAUGAUAUCCGACGGGAAGGAUGUAGAGGCCUUCGUUGAGCUUGUUGAGCGCCGCAAACCCGACGUUAUUGGAGUUUCUGGACUUUCACCCGAAACCAGAAAACUAUACAAACAGCUAUCGGAGCUUGUCCAGUCGAAGGACCUUCGAGGUGCGUUUUACACCGAUGAUCGGGAUGAGGAGGUUAGCGAUAUCCUGGAGGUCGUCAUUGUCAACGACGAAGUUGCCAGGCUUUACCAGACGAGUCGCAGGGCCGAGUUGGAUCACCCAGGUUUCAGCCCCAAGAGCCGUUAUUGUGUCGCCCUGGCGAAAUACCUCCAAAACCCAAUGAAGGAAUACGCCUCACUAGGCAGGGAUAUUGUAUCCAUCCAAUUUAGGCCCGGCCAGCAGCUCAUCCCUCAAGAGAAGCUACUGAAGCAAUUGGAAACCGCUUUGGUUGACAUGGUGAACCUUGUUGGUGUUGAUAUCAACGAGGCUGUUAGCGACGUGUCGACAGCGAACCUUCUUACAUAUGUUAGCGGUCUUGGUCCUCGAAAAGCUUCACAGCUGUUGAAGGUUAUAAACAUGAACGGCGGUGUGGUCAAUAGCCGUAUGGAACUCUUGGGUGUAAAUGCUCAGUACCCGGCCAUGGGUGUGAAAGUGUGGAACAAUUGCGCCAGUUUCCUCUACAUUGACUAUGACAAUGCAGACCCCGAUACUGAUUACCUAGACAAUACUCGUGUGCACCCUGAGGAUUACGAUAUUGGCAGGAAGAUUGCUGCAGACGCUCUUGAGCUUGAUGAGGAAGAUAUCAAAGCCGAGACCGAUGAGAACGGACAAGGAGCAAUUGUUCGAAAGCUUAUCAAAGAAGACGCACAAGAUAAAGUCAAUGAUCUUCUUUUAGAAGAAUACGCCGAGCAGCUGGAGAAUAAUCUUAACCAGCGAAAGAGAGCUACGCUUGAGACAAUUCGUGCAGAAUUGCAGCAACCGUACGAAGAACUCCGCAAACAGUUUGUCUUCCUCGGUACUGAUGCCAUUUUCACCAUGUUUACUGGUGAAACCACCGAAUCACUAGCUCAAGGCAUGAUUGUACCAAUUACUAUCAAGAGGAUUUCUGAUGACCACAUUGACGGCAAGCUUGAUUGUGGCAUUGACGCCCUUGUUCCAGAGAUGGAGAUGACUGAUAGAUACGACAUUCCUGUACGAAGCUUAUACGCACCUCACCAGACUGCUUUGGCAAAGAUUCUCUAUCUGAACCGAAAAGCCUUUGUUGCGAAUGUCUCUCUCCGAGAAGACCAAGUAAGCAAGCCCUACCGCCGACAACUAGACCACAUGCGCGACGAGUGGGAUGAAGAACAAGAGCGUGCCGAUCAAGAGGCCAUGAAGGAAAAGACUCAGACGGAUCAACGCACCUUGCGUGUAAUUAAACAUCCCCUCUUCCGGCCAUUCAACGGCAAGCAGGCUGAAGAGUUCCUUGCACCACAAAGCCGUGGUGAUGUUGUGAUUCGUCCGUCAUCCAAGGGCCACGACCAUCUUGCUGUUACUUGGAAGGUUGCUGAUGGGGUAUACCAGCAUGUCGAUGUGCUGGAGCUGGAUAAGGAGAAUGAAUUUACAGUUGGAAGGAUUUUGAAGAUUGGAGGCAAGUAUUCGUAUACCGAUCUUGAUGAGUUGAUUGUCAACCAUGUCAAGGCCAUGGCGAAGAAGGUGGAUGAUAUGAUGGUCCAUGAGAAGUAUCAGAGCGGCACCAAAGAAGCAACAGAGGGCUGGUUGACAACCUACACGACUGCCAACCCCAAACGGUCUGCCUACGCGUUCUGUCUCGAUACCAAACACCCUGGUUAUUUCAACCUCUGCUUCAAGGCCGGGUUAAAGGCACCACUGAACAGCUGGCCUGUGAAGGUGAUACCACAAGGCUACGAGCUUCAGCGAACUCCAUAUCCUGAUAUGAGAGCUUUGUGUAAUGGAUUCAAGCUCCUCCAUGCGAAUAUGCUUGCCUCGCAGCAGCGACACCCUGUCACCUGCCUGUCAUUUGAUGUCGCCUUUGACUCCUUCACGACCUCUAUUUCACGCCGGGACAGCGAGGCUGCUUGGAACGUGGAUACGCCCUUUGUGGGCAGCGUCGAUCAUUUCCUAUCCAAAUUUUCUUACCCGUCUCUCUUCUUUAUCUGCGCAAAAUCCUUCGAUAUGGCUGCCGAAAAACCUGACGAGGACGAGAAUGUCAAAUAUCCUACAGGCGGAGCACCGCCACAGCCAUUUCGAGUGGCCUUGCCAUGUCAUGAAAAGGAAAUAGUUACUCCGCGAACGGUUCUCGUACCGAUGAAGUACGAGUAUGCUUCUGAGCUGGUCAGGGUUAAUACUAAGUUAAUAGAGGCCUGGCGUGAGAUUCCGGCACUGCAGCCCAUGUUGAAAUAUUUGGUAUAUAACGCUCCAGAUGUCCCUGCGAUACAUAAAUGGAUGGAUAGCAAAAAGGUUCAAAUGUCAGAAACCGAAGCCUUCAGGUUCCAUUACGCCGUAAUGAUGCGAGAAGAGGAGCCGGGACAGGAUCCAAAAGCUGGCAGAUUCAUCGGGUCCGUUGGUAUGAACCAGUUUCUACCUAUUCCCAACAUAGGCUAUUCUAUCGACGCCGACCUCUGGGGCAAAGGGUAUGGCACUGAAGCAGUCAGGGCCUUCCUGGACGCCUGGUGGGCUUUGCCUAGAGUCCCCUCUGAGGAUGGUGAUGGUGAUAGCAAGGGGGAGAGGGUAUUCGCAAAUGUGAACAAGGCGAAUUCACCAAGUAUAAAGCUAUUGGAGAAGUGUGGGUUUAACAUCUAUAAGGAGAAGACUAUGGCGGAUGGCUCGGUUAUGUGCUUCCUACAGAUAGUGAGAUGA